ACAAAUAAGAAGAAGAUGUCCACAAAAGAAGGAAAAAAGAAGAGGAAGAGUGAUGUACAUUCUUGUAAAUUUAGGGUUCGUUUGUGAUCCCAAUAAGCAAAUUAUAAAGCAAAUCAAAUACAGUAAAAUGGGACGCCGGCACCAACAGUCCUGCAGGACAAGCAUUGCUUUGCUUUCCGUGCUUCGAAAACCAGAAAUGUAGAAUAAAAUAAGACGGGCGGUCAAAAUACGUGUUUGAUCAAAUGUGGGAACUUCCCAAUUCACCUUCCUCGGCUCCCCGAUCGAUGAUUCCAGCUCUGGAAACCCUAGAACUGAAAUCCAAGCUCGUGGGUCGUCUUCAAGCUGGGUUUUGGCAUCUGGGUUGAUAUUAAACUUCACGAAGCAUUGUAGAAACUUUUGGGUGUAAACCAGUUGUUAGUCUGAGUUCCUACUUAGAUUUUGGCUUUGGGUUUGGCUUAGAGCUACUUCCUUUCUUGUUCUCCGUGACGUUCUUAAACUGUAGAUGCUGUUAAUUAACCCGUUUGCGCGUCGUUCUUGAUCAUGGCUAGGCGGCAUGGAUGGGAGCUCCCUGCCCACACUUUCCAGGUUGUGGCUAUAACAGUAUUUUUCUUGCUAUCUGUUGCAUUUUAUGCAUUUUUUGCGCCUUUCCUUGGAAGAGAUAUCUAUGAAUAUGUUGCUAUUGGCAUUUACUCCCUCUUGGCACUAUCUGUAUUCAUACUUUAUGUUAGAUGCACAGCUAUAGAUCCUGCUGAUCCAGGAAUUCUGGUUGAAGUUGACAGGGCAUCAACUAAUAAAUCACAUGAUGACACAGAUCUGCCUGGUAAUGCAUCUUCUAUUGAAGAUCCUAGCAACGUAGGAUUGAAGAAUGGAGGAAAUUAUAUUGGGCAUGGUUCAAAUUGUUGCUCAAAAGUUGCAGGAUUCUUUUGUGGCUUUCUUGUAAGAGAAGAUUGCCGCAAAGACGAAGAUUUAUUACUGCAAUCAGGAGAGGAAGAUGCUCUGUUCUGCACAUUGUGCAAUGCUGAGGUACACAAGUUUAGUAAACAUUGCAGAAGCUGUGACAAAUGUGUUGAUGGUUUUGAUCAUCAUUGUCGAUGGCUGAAUAAUUGUGUGGGGAGGAAAAAUUAUAUGACAUUUGUGUGCCUUAUGGCACUGAGCCUGGUCUGGCUUUUAGUUGAAUUUGGGAUCGGCAUUGCUGUCCUUGUUCGAUGCUUUGUGGAUCGAAAGAGUACGGAAAAGCAGAUAAUAGAUAGACUUGGAGAUGGAUUCUCCCGGCCCCCUUUUGCGACAGUGGUGGCUCUAUGUACAGCUGUUUCUUUUCUAGCCAUUGUGCCUCUGGGAGAACUAUUCUUUUUUCACAUGAUUUUGAUUAGAAAGGGUAUCACAACUUACGAGUAUGUUGUUGCCAUGAGAACACAAAGUGAACCUCCCGGUCCAUCUUUAGAUGGAGGAGAUCAGCAAAGCAUGCCAUCUUCACCAGCCAGUUCAGCUGUGACAGCCACAAGCGGAAAGAGCUCCCUUGGGAUGAGCUUGCAACAUAAAGGUGCUUGGUGUACCCCUCCAAGAAUCUUUAUGGAGCACCAGGAUGAAAUAAUUCCUCAUCUUGAGCCUGGGCGCCUGCCAUCGACUGUAGAUCCUGAUGCAGUACAGCCGAUUGACAAGGGAAAAAGAGUACCGCAUCGUCCUGUCCGAAUCAGCGCAUGGAAGCUUGCAAAGUUGGAUUCUGAUGAGGCAAUUAAAGCGGCUGCAAAAGCCAGAGCAUCAUCAUCUGUGCUGCGCCCAUUAAGUUCCCGACAUUACCCUUACGAUGCUGAUCAUUUAUCCAGUAGCAACAUUAGUGGACAAAGUAGUCCAGUUAGUACUGAUUUAGGAUUCAACAGCAGAAAUGCUAAAGUUGGGGUGUCGAGGUUAUCUUCUUCGAAGAGCUCUUAUCCUCCUAGUCGCGCCAGUAGGGAAGAUGUCGAAACAUGUGCUCACAGCAUCAGUAACUUCAGCAGUCCUCACCUCACUCACAAUCCCACGCCUUCGCCUCCCCAGCAGCCCACUCCAAACACAGAUCACUUCAAUCCCAUAUACCAAUCCUCAGCGGAUCAAUCUCCUUGGUCAGCCAAAGCAAGUGAAGGGACUGAAAGUUCUGUUCGCAACCCUCCGUUGCCCAUUCCCUCAAGAAAAACCAACCCAGAUAAUGCUGAGAGGUUGAAGUCUUCGGUCUCUUGGGAUCAAGACGCAGGACGAUUUGUCUCCACAGCCUCCCGAAACAUUGGUUCUUCCCAGGUUUCGGGUCCAGAGCUUCUGUACACAGGUCAGUCCAUAUUCUUUGGAGGCCCUCUUGUGAAUGAGCAAUCGAGUAGAGGGAAUAGAAGUGGGGCUGGUCUGGGGAGAGGUUUGGGUUCCAGUUAUUAUCAGCAAGGUCGAUCACAGAGGGGUGGACAGCUUCCCGUGUUUGUUCCGAAUGAUUCCCAACAAACCCAAUUCUCUUCAAGAUUUCCUUGAGCAUUUAACCGACAUAUGAACAUUUUUGUUUUGUUUUUCAGAUUUAGAGUUAGAAUUUACACCCUUGUCUCUUCCCCAUUCUCUUUUUCCACUUGGUGUUUUUCCUGUCUUGUGCAGCUUUUGGAUUCUCUAAGCCAUUCCCACAAUCCCACUAACCAAUGCAGGUACUGGGUUUUUAUUCCCCAUAAGCAUUGCCAGUCACAUUGUAUCAUCUUGCUCAUUUUUAUUUAUUUUAAUUCUAUUUUUGGUUAUGAUGUUCAUACAAUGAGUAUUUGGUCGUUAUGGUUAGUGAAGUAGUUGCAAACAACAAA